CUCGUCCCGCAAGAUCUCGAGCAUGGCGAUGAAUUGCAAGAAGAACAAGGACGAAGCUCCUUCUUCCAAGCGCUUUUCAACAACGUCUGGGGAUGCUCUCGUGUCCAUACUCUCUCCACAAUGGCGGAUGGCUCGGCCUGAUCGUCCUCUUCUCGUGCGGCGCAAUCUUUUGCUACACGGCCUACAUCCUCGCCCGAUGCCUUGGAAGCAAACCUGGAACAUCCACCUUCCAGCAAGUCGCAGCUCUGGCGUUCGGGAGAACCGGGCGGACCUUCGUCGCCGCGAUCGUUGACUUGGAGAUCCUGGGAUCGCUGGUGGGCUUCACAAUCUCGUUGCGUGACAACUUAGUCAGGAUCUUCCCACACGCAGGUGUCCAUCUCCCGUGGCUGGAGCUCGCGCCUACGCAGUUCCUCCCCAUCGCCGGCGUGCUCGCGGUUCUUCCGAUCAUCUGGGUGAGAGACUUGAGCUGGCUCUCGUAUGUCUCGCUGGGUGGAAUCGCAACUUACUUGAUCAUCGUCCUGGGAGUUCUCUGGGCCGGGAUAGUCGACGGGAUUGGAUUCCACCACUCGAUCGCGCUCGUGAAUCCGACAAAGCUCGCCGAAGUCGCUGGCCUCUACGCAUUUUGCUACUCGGGACACGUGAUCCUUCCCAGGAUCUACAGCUCCAUGAAAGAUCCAUCGCAGUACCCAAAGGUGGCUGCUCUAAGCUUCUCCAUCGCGACGCUGAUCUACGUGGUGGUGGCGAUCGCGGGCGCCACCAUGUUUGGCUCCUCGAUCCAGUCCCAGGUGACUCUCAGCCUGCCCAAGGAGCUCGCGGUGGCCAAGCUGGUGCUGUUCCUGGUAGUGCUCAUCCCUCUCACCAAGUACGCGCUCGUCGUCAAUACCCUGGCAGUACACAUGGAAUCUCUCAUUCCGUCGCCACCAUCGCUCUCCGGCGGCGGCGGUGGCGGUGACGGAGCCUGGCGGAGCUGGAGCAGCGUCUUGGUGAGGAGCGCGAUCAUGGCGGUGGUGCUGCUGCUGGCGCUGGCGGUCCCGGCGUUCGAGACGACGGUAGCGUUGAUCGGGUCGGGCAUCAGCGUUACCACCUGCGUCAUCCUGCCAGCCAUCUUUUUCGUGAAGAUCUUCGGUACCCAGAGGGCACCCCGGCACGAGCUCGCGUUGACUGUGCUAUCCGGCGUGGCCGGCGUGGUGCUCGCCAUUGUGGGAACCAUCGCGUCCAUUAGAAAGCUCGCGCAUUGACCAUUCAGCGUCCGUUGACUGAGUAGGAUUGACUACUUAUCUGGACUGAUUGACUUGACUUCUAACGGUAAUUUUAGACGUAUCGUUUACUAGAGUUGACUAAAGUUGACUGUAGCUUAGCAGGCGACAACAUGAUUUUGUCCUAUGCGAGGAUCAACCAGGGGAGGGAGAGGGCCCAGGGAACAAGAGAGGAAUUAACGUAAAGAGCGUCUUUCCUAGGUAUAGUACUAGUAGUAAUCUGUACACUAGCUACUAUAAAGCUCGCUCGCCUCGUAGAGUAGCUAUGCUAUUUCUCCUUUUGCGAAGAAAAACAACCAACAUUGUCAAGAUCAAUCACGUCAAACAAA